UUGAUUCCGAUGUUUACCAACACUUCUCUUUCAAGUGCAUUCCAAACAAGAAAAAAUCAAACACAAAACUUUAAAUUAAACGUUUUAAAUUCAAAAUGUCCGCCACCCUGCACACCGACGUCGGCGACAUCAAGCUGGAGCUGUUCUGCGAGGAAUGCCCGAAAACGUGCGAGAACUUUCUGGCCCUGUGCGGAAGCAACUACUACAACGGGUCCAUCUUCCACCGGAACAUCAAGGGAUUCAUCGUGCAAACGGGCGACCCGACGGGCACGGGCAAGGGCGGUCAGUCGAUCUGGGCGCGCAAGUUCGAGGACGAGUUCCGGGACGGGCUGAAGCACAACGAGCGCGGCAUGAUCUCGAUGGCCAACAACGGGCCGAACACGAACGCGAGCCAGUUCUUCAUCACGUACGCGGCCCAACCGGCGCUGGACCUCAAGUACACACUGUUCGGGAAGGUGAUAGACGGCUUCGAGGCGUUGGAUGAGCUGGAAAAACUUGCGGUCAAUCCGAAAACGUACCGACCCGUGGUGGAAAAACGGAUAAACAGUGUCACCAUUCAUGCGAAUCCGUUGGCAUGAUAAUUGAUAAAGUAAUAAAACAUAUUUGUAUUAAA